UUUUGACAUCCAUUGAUGAUCCGUUUUUACUGUGAUUUCGUCAAAUAGUUUCUUUCUAACUCCAUUAUUCUUCUAUUUGCCUAUCUUUUUUCCAUUUUUACGCUGCCUGGCACACAGUAGGCGCUCAGGUAUUUCUUCAAGCAAUGAAUGAACAAACUCUCACUCGUGCUGGCCCGGCCUCCGUGACAUCCGCUGCGUCGGGCAGGGGCUUGCCUUCCUCGGCCAAUCUCUGCAGGCUACCAGGGCUUCCGAGCCUUCCAGGGCUCCCCUGCUGGCUCUUCUUGCUCCAAUCACAAGCAGGGCUUUGCUGGGAAGUGGCCAAUGGGUGCGGGCGGAAGGCGGGGCCUGCCACGCGGCCGCGGUAUAACUGCACGGCCCGCGCGCGCGCUUCUCUCCUGGCGCGGACCUUGGCGCGGGUGAUGGCAGCUGUUUCCGUCGUGUCUACGUUGGCCACCCGGCUCCUCCGGCUCGCUCAGAGCUGCCGCCUCCGUUAUCGCCCCUUCCACCUCUCGGUAGUUCGAAAUGAAGCCGUUGUCAUUUCUGGAAGGAAACUGGCCCAGCAGAUCAAGCGGGAAGUGUGGCAGGAAGUGGAAGAAUGGGUGGCUUCGGGCAACAAGCGGCCGCACCUGAGUGUGGUUCUGGUGGGCGAGAAUCCUGCAAGUCAUUCCUACGUCCUCAACAAAACCCGGGCCGCUGCAGAAGUGGGAAUCAACAGUGAGACAAUUGUGAAACCAGCUUCAAUUUCAGAGGAAGAACUGUUGAAUUUAGUCAAUAAACUAAAUAAUGAUGAUAAUGUAGAUGGCCUCCUUGUUCAGCUGCCUCUUCCAGAGCACAUCGACGAGCGAAAGAUCUGCAACGCUGUUUCCCCAGACAAGGAUGUUGAUGGCUUUCAUGUAAUUAACGUAGGGCGAAUGUGUCUGGACCAGUACUCCAUGUUACCGGCUACCCCGUGGGGUGUCUGGGAAAUAAUUAAGCGAACUGGUGAUGCCACUGUUACGAUAUCUCAUCGAUACACUCCCAAAGAACAACUGAAGAAACAUACAGUUCUUGCAGACAUUGUGGUCUCUGCUGCAGGCAUUCCAAAUCUGAUCACAGCAGAUAUGAUCAAGGAGGGAGCCGCAGUCAUCGAUGUGGGAAUAAAUAGAGUUCAAGAUCCCAUCACUGCUAAACCCAAGUUAGUUGGAGAUGUGGACUUUGAAGGAGUCAAAAAGAAAGCCGGUUACAUCACCCCAGUCCCUGGGGGUGUUGGUCCCAUGACAGUGGCAAUGCUGAUGAAGAAUACCAUUAUUGCCGCAAAAAAGGUGCUGAGGCUUGAAGAGCAGGAAGUAUUGAAGCCUAAGGAGCGUGGAGUAGCAACCAAUUAACUGUUGUGUCUUCUGUCACGAACACCCCUCCAAGCCGGUCAGAGAGGCGAAACAGGCCAAUAGAAAUGCAAUAUUUUUUAUUUAUUUUACUGAAAUGGUUUAAAAUGAUGCUUUUUGUAUUUAUUGAAAGCAGAAAUGGGGGGGUGUGCCUGUGCGCAUGGCUCUGCCGUACCUCAGCACAGAGCAUGCUGGCCUCCUGCUGGGUCGUGUGAGCCCGCCAAGAGAAGCCGUUCACCUGGUGAUGAACGUGGAGGACAUCGUCCCAUUAAGAGCAGGUGCUUAACUUGAUCAAGCCACUUCAGUUAAAAUUUGCCUUUUCUAGGAUUGCAUUUCCUAAGUGCUAUUUCAAUAAGAGUUGAUACUCACUUUAGGUUCCAAGCCUUUUGAGUUCAGCUGGUCAAACCAAAGGAAAAAUGUUGCUAGAGAAAAUUAGGGAAAAAGUCAAAAGGAAGAAAUGAUAAUUGAGUAGAAAAAAAACAUUACUGUAACUUACAUACCUAUGGUAUGUAAAACUAAUUGUGAAUGGAUGGUGUCCUGAGCUGUCAUUCCGUGGCUUAGUCAUUGGGAAAAUAUUUAGGGUAGUUCCACGUCAGUCCUCACCCCACGUGUAUUAUAUUCACGAGGCUUUCCCAUUUUCCUCUAGGACUGAAAGGCUUAUUUUAUUUUAUAGAUUAUUUGUGUGUGUUGUCAUAUUUGGCUUUUCCUCCAUCCUUAAACUUCACUGUUACAUCUUUGUACUCUUGGCGGUGCCUGUAUGGUUUCCUUGGGAUAUCUUGAAACCUAUUUUUGAAAAACAAAACUUGGGCUUGAUAAUCAUUAGGAUUAGGGCAGCUUGUUUAAGUAUGAACUUACUUUUCCACCAAAGACUUGUCAGCAGCUGCCUGCUUUUCUCAGAUGUAUUUGUUGACUUUUCCCAAUGGGUUUUUGAGAACUUGAGUUCACAUUGAAUUUAAUCAGACUUUCUGAUUAAAAGGGUUUUUUUGUGUGUGUUUGUUUCACUUUUUUUUUAAUAAAACACUUCUGACUGGUGUGGAAUGAGUUCUCCAAAAUACUGCAUCUUCCUGCUACUGUCCUGGUUGUGACCUAAACAUAGUUAAUUUUUCUCAUUAGAUGUAAUGGGUGUCAAUAUUCCUAUAUUUGGUAACACCUAAUCCUGUGCCUUAAACACACUGAUACAAAGCGCAGCUGUGGAGAAACCAGUCUAGUCUUUUCAGUCUGAUGUCCCAACAGGCUGUGCCAAGCUGGGAGCUUAAUCUGUAAGAUUCAUUUAAGUGGUUAGGCUUAUUCUGGGUGUUUUCUAAACCAUGCAGUUGAAUUUACACAUUGUUAGCUUUGCAAAGGACUUCUCGAUGUGCCUGCUGACAACCCCCACCCCUUCAGGCGCCCCACUCUCUAUACAAUUAUUUUUUCAAUGUGUGUGUUUUAUUUGACAGAUUGGAAGGUAUUUGCUGUGCAUAUUUUGAGGCUGGGAUAGGCCCCUGUGUAUUCUCUGUUCUCUUCCAGCGCUGAGUAUUUUGGCUUCCAAGCAGACAGAUCCUUCUGCUCCUGCUCCAGCCUGCUUCAGGUAGAAAGAAAAGAACAAUGGGGAGCUGACUUCUCCUUGUUCUUCUGCCAGCAGCCUUUAUUCUUUGGAUAGUUUCCUGGAGAUGAAAGAGAAUAGUUCGCUGGAGAUGUUUUUUUUUGUAAGUUAGGGUUAGCUCAUGUCCGUAUCCCAUGUUUGCUGACUUGACCAAAAUUACUAAACAUGGAGCAAGGUGAGCAGACAGGAUUAAGUUUUAUUGAAUUACAGUUACAAGUGGAAAGAAAUUCUGACCUAGUGCAUGGAGAAGUAACAAUAUGUCCACCUGUUAAAGUUGUCAAAAUUAAAAUGUUCAUGUAUAUACAAAAUAUAAAUGACAUAUAAGGUGAAAAUUACAGUGAUCAAUUUACAAUAACAAAAAAUUAACAUUGUAGUUUCCAACUUGUUUCAUUAAUCAAGCACAUUUACUCGGGAAUCCAUAACAUUUCUACAGUUUAAUUUGGACAAAGUGCUAUUGGAAAUCAGCCAAGUUUUAAAACUGAAAUGUUAAGGGUUGUUAGCUCCCCCAGGAUUGGUGCAGCUGAAAAUACAGAAUUUAUACUUAAAUUCAGGUGAUCGUUCUGGGUGAGUGAGCAGUUAACGGGAGAGGUUUAGAGCUUUACCUCUUGGCAGUAUCCCUUGGAGGGAGCACUGAGAUUUAACUGAAUGAACACGUACAGUUUUCUAGGGACCAGGCACUGUAUGAAGCUCUGAGGAUUGCAGAUGCAGUUAGCUGUCCUCGUGCCCUAGUGUCAUUUGUCUUUAAAAAAUAGAAAAGGAUGAAGAAAAAAAGCACCUGCUUUGGUCAUUGUGAGUAAAUGUAGUAACUAACCAAAGUGAUUUCCUCGAGAUUCAAAUCCAUAGUUGUUCUGGAGAAAGUAAAUGUCAGCUGCAUUGUGGCUGUCAGGCACAUAGUAGGUGUUAAACAAGCAAGGUGGGUGUUUGUUAAGUGGGGACUAAAGACAGACUGAUAGUAAGUUUCAUGAGGACAGGGUUUGCUUCUUAUAUUAAUGAGUUAUUAAUCUACCCAACUUGUUUCCAAUCAUUCCUUUAAAGUACUAAUCUAAUACUGCAAAGUUAUAAUCUAAUAUUUUACAUUAGCACUGCCUAACAUGCAGUGGUCCUGUGGAUGGGAGUUUAACUUUGGGAGCAAGGUCAUUGAAAACCUGGAGGCAGGACCUACCCAAGGGUAGAAAGAGGAUCAUUUUGUUGAUGUAAUGUGGUUGGAAGUUUCAUUUGAACAAGAACAAUCUUAUUUUGCAAACAUUUGCUCGCUCUCAUGUAUUGGUUCUUUCACCAGCUGACUUUGGGAACUGGCUUUCCAGUCUGGGGAACCUGCAGUCACACGUCUGUGCUGGCCCAGGGUGCACAGCGCAUGCAGAUGGCGCAGACCUGCCAUAGGAGCCUCAGAAAGCUGCACGAGAUGGGAGAAGAUAGGGCCUUGUACUCAUUUCUUACUAUGUCAAGUUGCAAAACAAAUUUUCCAGCUGUGGUCUACUGAAGUAUGAGUGUUUUAAUGGUUUUUUUCAAGACCAUCUAGAUAUUUUAAAAUCUAAGCUUAAAAAAAAAAUCUAACAGAUAUUUGUUUCAAUAAAAAUUUACUAUUGCCCCCUUUAUCUUAGCUAUAUUUUGGGAGGCAAGCAUUGUUUUCAUUUCAAGAAACAUUAUAAUUUCUAUCCUGGACUGCAUUUUAAAAUAAGGUAUCAUGUUUCUGUUGGUUUGCCUAACUGCAGAAAGAAGGAGACAGCUUUGCAUGUAAGUAGUACUUUUCACCCACAGAUCAGUUUUCUAUCAAGUGGAAUGACUCCGUCUGUUUGGCAAAUAAGGAAACUGUCUCAGAGA